AAUUUAAUUACUAUAAUCUUAUCAUUUGCAUCUCUGAUGAUCUAAUUUAUAUAUAAAAAAUAAUUGCUACUUUUAUUUUAGCCGACCAUUUGUGAUUCUUCUGCAUGAGUUUCAUUGCUGUUGACCUAAACUUCUCUCUUUCUCUCUCUGUAUUAAAUCUGUCUGACUCCAAACUUUUAUCCAGCAUGGCGGCGUGUCUUUUCUUGCUUCAUUUCUAAUCAGGAUUAUCAUUGAGCGUGACUUAAAGAUUUUGUUUUUCUUUUAAAAGAAGAGAUUUUGAUUGAAUUCAUCGCAUGUUAAGGAGAAAUGAAUCGAAUGAUAUCCAAGAUUGGCAUCAAGAUUCAAAGAUCUCUUCAAAAAGGUCAUUUCCCCCCUCUUUUUUGUUAAAUGAAAUUCUGGGUUUUUGUUCUUGUGUUGUUUAUGGGGUGUUUGUAAUGAUUUUGAUUUUUUGCGUGCACUUUUGCUAAACUUAUUGAUUUUGUUUCUAGUGGAAUUUAAUAGUGAUGUUCUGUGGUAGUGGCAUCAAGAUCAUUUGGUUUUUGUUUUGUUCUUAUUGAUGCUUUGAGAUCAAUGGUUUUUGCUUAUCACAUCUUCUUGUUAUGGCAGUUUGUUAAUUCAUAGGUUUAUUUUUUUGUUUUACUUUUGAAAGCUGUGACCAAGUCGUAAUGAUGACGGUAUGUUACAUUUACUCAACCACUUUACACUUGUUUCUAUGUUGUUCUAAUAAUUGCUUGCCAAAGAAAACUGUUUUUAAUGAUUCUGUUUCUGCAUGCUGAUUGCCUGUGCUGCCACUUACUAGUAUCUUGUAUUGAUUGAGAUUUAGUACUUGGGUUUCCAGAGAUUCCUUUUCGGCUUCAUGGACUGAUCACAAAGGGCUGUGAUUUGGAUUCACUGACUGUUUUUUAGAAGAAGAAAAAAAUCCUAUCUUUAUUUCUUAAUAUUUUUUUUCUUUCUUUAUUCCUUGCGAGGAUGGUAGAUAUGGUCUAAAGGUUAUGAUGUUUCCAGUAUAGGGCUUUUUCAAAAGUUAAAUCCAAUUUUUUCAUUUUUUGUUCACUGGUCUCCCGCAACUGUGUUUAGGGUUAGCUUUCUUUUUACGUGCUGUUUCCCUAUCUUCUUGGUUGUUUGUGAUUCUUCUUUCCUUGUUUGUUUUCUCUUCUUUCGUUUUGCAUUUCAUUUUCCAAAUAUAUUCUCUUUGCAUAUUUGUUGUUUUUUUAUAAAAUCAUUUCCAGGAAGCAAUAAGGGUUUGAAUUCCUGGAAAUGGUCUGAAUUUGGCAUCUUAUAUCAGUUUUUGCUCCAGGAGUUACUCUAGAGGAAGUAGCUAUUGCUGUUUUGAUUUUGUGCAGAAUUGUUCUUUAACUUUGCACACCUAGGGAGUUACUCUACAUGGCGUUGUUUUAAAUUCUAGAGGGCUUGAAUUUGCAGUGUUAACUUCAAGUGCCCAAAAUGAGGUCAAUGGAAAUGAAACCUAAACAAAUCACAGAAAGUGUGAUUGCAAAAUUAAUGGGUCUUGAUGAACUGCCACCCCAGCAGCCUGUUCAAAAGAAACCAAGAGUGCUCUCUGAGAAUUAUCUACGAAGAGUUUCUUCUAUAGGUGUUAGAGAGAAAAAUUCAGAACCUAACUCAUGUAGGUUGAGUAGUGAAGAGCAGAAAGAUCAUAUCGAAGUCUUCCAAAUAUUAGAAACAUUAAAGAGACACAAGCACCGUAGCAUGUCAGUUGAAAAGAGAAAAAUACGUUCAAGUUCCCCAGGGGCAAAGGUGACGUUUAGAAGGGAGGAAUUCAAGCAAUCGACAGAUGUUUCAGAGGAUAUGAAGCUUCAAAGUUCAAAGGAAUGUCAUGAUGCACAGGAAGUUAUUGAUUCAAAGACUGAUAAUUUUCCAAAAUAUUUCCAGGAACCAGAGUUCACCAAGAAAGCAAAUAAUCUGCAAGGCAUCCCUCAUUACUUGCAGCCAGGGCUCAUUACAUUUGUAAGGCCAUUGUGUCCUUCUGACCGCAGAGAUAUUGGCAGGAGCAGGAAAUUUUGGAGGCCAAGUGAACAAGGAUAUGCAAGGAAAAUUGAAGAUGGCCUUGGGACAUAUUCCUGCAGAAAACUUGGCCUUGACAUUGCUAAUGAGUUUCUUGGAUCACAAUGGGAUUUGAAUGAUGGGUCAUGCCUCCCCACUACCAGGAUUGUUGUUCUGAAACCAAAGCCAGGAAAGGCACAUAAUGCUGGAAGAUAUUUUUCAUCUACCGGUGCUAUUGAGGUUUUUCAUUCAGUUGAUAGGAAUCAUGAAGAGAUUCUCAACGUUCAAAAUGAAAACUUGUAUGCUGAAGUGAAAGAAAGGAAGAAGAUGGACUGUGACUCAAGACCUGCAAGGUCGAGGUCUAGGUUUUCAAAGCAAAUAAGCAGAAGAAUGGGGCAUGGUAUAAACAGCAUUUCUACUAAGGCACACGCGUCUGAAAUCAGGGGUAGUGACAACUUGCCUAAAGAGUCUGAGUUGAUGAUACCUUCUUUGCAUGUUUUUUCUGAUAGGAAGAACCAAUUUCACUGUUCAGAUGAGCCAUAUCUGGCCAGGGAAGCCAAGAAACAAAUCUCUGAAAGAUGGAAGACGACCAAAAAGUUUCAGCAGGUUGAACUAGUUAGUAGGUGUAAAACCUUGGGGGAAAUGCUUGCCAUUCCUGAUUGUGAAGCAAGGCCAAAAAAAUUUGCUUGCAAUCCUGAUAACUAUGAUCAAGUCGUUCCUGGCAGUGGAGGUGUGAACUCUAAUACUCCUUUAGGCACAAGAAGCCUGGAAUUUCGGGAUGGUGGGCAUGUCAGAGACUUACCAAAAUCCAGAUCUCUUCUUGUGAAUUUUAAUACAGUUGCAGGUCCUAAAACCAUGGCCAGACAUAAAUCUCUUCGAAAGUCCAGCUGUAUGAUUUCUCCAUCAAUUCCUCAUCUGGUGUCAGAAAACAAUCAUUCUGCAGAUGCUGUUUAUGCUCUUCAAAAUGAACUGGAAAACAAAAUUGAGGUGAGCAAUUCACAUGGCCGAAGUUCCUCAUUUCUCGGUUCAUCUGGACAAAACUAUCAGACCUUGCAAGAUCCUUGGGUGACACAGGGGGGGCACAAGAAUGAAGGCAGUGAUGGGGAUCUAUCUGAAAAGAAUUAUGAAGUUUGCAAAUCUUCAAUGAGCAAUAUUUCUUCAACUAACGUGGUAGUUAAUUCACCGGCUGAUGCAGAAAUUGCAGUUCCAAAGAGGUCCCUGUCAUAUCACGAGUUGCUUGAAUUGGAACCUAACAAUUGUGUCUCGCUAGUAAAAGAUGAAUAUUCUUCUCGAGACUCACCUACUUCUACUCAACAGGAUAUAUCCAAUGGAAUCUCUGAGAUAGAGUCUGUUUCUUCACACUGCUCCGGCACCGACGGAGACCCGGAAUCUUUGAUGAGCAUUGAGGAUGCUUAUCAACCUAGUCCAGAUUCUGUACUGGAACCAUUAUUCAAGAAAGAGAUUUCAUCUACCUCUGACUGUUUUGAGAGCGUCCAUGCUUCUUUACAUGGUUUACAGUCGCAUCUUGAACUUAUGAAGUCGGAGGCAUCAGAAACAUACUCAGAAGGAUCUGGCAUGAUGGUUUCUAGCGAUGAAGAUUCUGGGGAAGGAGGAUCAAUGGAUGACUCUGAUGAAAAUGACAAGACAAGAUUUUUCAGAGCUGAAGAGAGUAGGGAUUUCUCCUACCUGGUUAAUGUAUUGUCCGAGGCAGGUUUUGACAGUAGGAACCUGAAAAUGGGCUUUGAUUCGUGGCACUCUCAAGAAUACCCGAUUAGUCCUCUUGUCUUUGAGACCCUUGAGAAAAAGUUUGGUGAGCAGACAUCUUGGAAGAGGUUUGAAAGGAGGCUUCUGUUUGAUCAUAUAAAUUCAGGGCUGAUUGAGAUACUACAGCCAUCCAUGGGUGUGCCGACAUGGACAAAACCUGUAGCAAGAAGGUUUAGUUUUAGUAUGGGCCAGGAGAUGAUUGAGGAGGAGUUAUGGAUGUUGCUGGUUGCUGAGGAAAAGGAAGCCAGCAAGGAGUCUGGAAAGGUGCUGGGGAAGGAUGACAAGUGGUUAGAGUUGAGUGAUGAUGUUCAGAUCAUCGGUAUAGAAAUAGAAAAUUGUUUGAUGGACGAGCUGGUUGCAGAUGUUGUUAGCAUGGAGAGUUUCUGAAAGGCCGGGAGCAUUACUAUAUUGUUAUCAGAAUUCCUCGAGAAUAUUUGGAUAGUCUAUCAGAAUUCCUCGAGAAUAUGUGGAUAGUCUGUCUGUAUUGUUAAAAAUCCAAAGAAAAAAAAGAAAAAACAGUGAAGAGGUAUAGGGACUAGGGAGGUAGUAGUGUCUUUCGCUUGUUCAUGUUUGAACAGUAGGGGAGAGGCAUAUGUAGGUACAAUUUUGAUCUAGGUGUGAGGCUUGAAAUUGGUUUUGGAGAUUGCAGUGAGUAUUCAAGUUUUUUUUUUUUUUGCUUGAGUAAAUUUUUUCUGUAUCAAAUUCACGAGCCAAUUUUCAUGAUGUAUUGAAUUCAUUCUACUGUGGAAGUUUUUGUUUUUGAAGUACCAGGUUCUUUCAUUCCUGUGAAAUGAAAAAUGUGAUACUGUUUUUUUUA